CGGAGCAAGAAGAAAGAAAGACCUCCAUCGGCCGACCGACGACCAUGCGGGCGAGCUGCAACGGCUGCCGGGUGCUGCGCAAGGGCUGCGCCGACGACUGCACCAUCCGCCCCUGCCUGGCCUGGAUGAGGAGCCCCGACGCGCAGGCCAACGCCACCGUCUUCCUAGCCAAGUUCUACGGCCGCGCCGGGCUGAUCAACCUGCUCGCCGCCGCCCCCGACGACGCCCAACGCCCGGCGCUCUUCCGCUCGCUGCUCUACGAGGCGUGCGGCCGGGCGACCAACCCCGUCUACGGCGCCUCCGGGCUCUUCUCCACGGGGAACUGGGAGGCCUGCCAGGCCGCCGUCCAGGCCGUGCUCGAGGGCCGCCGCAUCCCUCAGGUCGGCGCCGACCAGGCCGCCCCGCACCCCGGCCUCACGGCCGCCUACGGCGUCCGCCGUAUCCCCAAGGACACCAUCGACCGCGCGCCCGCCGCGCUCCGCGUCUCGCGCGCUGGCCGCACUAGCUUCAAGCGCGCGUCCCCCUCCUCUUCGGCGGCCGGACGCAACGGGUCGGACUGCAGCCACGACCACGUUGUUGAAGACGACGGCAAGGCGCCUGAAGACAUGCACAAGAGGGGAGAGUCGUCGUCGUCGGAGGCCGAGGCGGGCUCCCACGUGAGCCAGGCAGCGCAGAGCGCGAGCGCCACUGUGCCGCAGGUGGCACAGGACGACGGCGAAAUUGGGCUGGAGCUGACCCUCGGGUUCGGGCCGGCCACGCGCGUGCUGAGGUCGCCGCCGCCGCCGCCGCCGCCGCCGCCAGCAGCGCGAGCCAUGUCCGGCCAUAUCGGCCUGCUGCUUGGGCUGACGGUGUGAGACCAGAGACGCGGCGACAGUGUCACAGUGCCGUCCUUCAUUCUAGUAGUAGCUGUCUAGCUGAGAGAGACAGAGUCACAAGUGGCAGUUUUGGGAUUACCGUUCGUGUCAUAGUGACACCUUUUGGAUAGAGAUGUCUCUUAUCAUA